AUGUUACAGUCCUCGGUUAUUCCUUCUACGCACGCCGAUCUAAUCACCGACACGGUCUAUGACUACUAUGGCGUGAAACUUGCAACUGGAGGAAUUGACCAAAAAAUUAAGAUAUGGAAACUAAAUGAACUCACUGGGGUCUGGUCCAUGGUGGAUGAAUGGAAAGCCCACGACGCACCUGUGGCAAAAAUUGCAUGGGCUCAUCCGGAAUACGGCACACUGUUAGCAUCGUGCUCUUAUGACCGUACCGUCAAGAUUUGGGAGGAUGCGCGAGGAAUUCCAGACGCGUCGGGUCCUUCCAAGUUUCAACUCAAAGCAACGCUUACGGAAGCACGAGGGACCGUGCGUGCUGUGGAUUUCGCUCCUGCUGCUUUCGGCCUGAAAUUGGUUACGAUUGCAUCGGAUAACAUUGUACGAAUUUACGAGUGUCAUGAGACCUAUCAUCUCAAUCCUUGGCUCCUGGUCGAGGAAUUCGACGCUGCUGCUAUUGCUGUGACCCCAGUCUCCGGCGAGUCGCCUAGCGGUGCAACGCCCACACAGACGAAUACUGCUCUUUCAGACACACCUCCCACCGCUCCCAGCGGAAUUUCUCUGCAACGUUCUGGGGCCGCUGCGGCGUCUAAUCCUCCGAAUAAACCUGUUGGUGUCAAAGAGGCUGAUGGUGCUUGGUGUGUCCAAUGGCUCAAGGAUAAAUUUAGUGGCGAAAUCAUUGCUGUGUCUUGCGGAACGCAGGCUGUGGUCAAGAUUAUUGCAUUGCAACCGGGCAAACCGCCACAAGUCUUGCUCACCAUUCCACAGUAUCCCAUAAACGUCCCUACUACUGGUGCCCCCUCCCUUCUCGGCGCCGUAACGCCUACUUCGACCUCACCUUCGCUUCUCCCAACAUUGCCCCAAUCUCACACGACCCCGUCACACCCCGGCCACGCGAUCACCACCCUUUCCUGGGCACCGCCGUGUGGGCGCUCAUACCAGUUACUUGCUACUGGUUCGCGCGACCACAAGGUGCGGAUAUUCAAACUCUGGCAUGGCGAACGAGACGCGUUUGGAGAGGACGGAUUCGGUGAUGGUACUAGCGCACGGGCCGACCAGAGCUGGAGUUUUAGCCGAUUAGGGGAAUUCGAUGAUCACAAGGCCACGGUGGGACGUGUCGAGUGGAAUAUCACUGGAACAAUACUGUCGUCUGCGGGAGAUGAUGGAAAAAUUCGUCUAUGGAAGGCGACGUUUAACAACGUAUGGAGAUCCAUGGGCACGCUCGGUGCAGUCGAGUCGGCCGACGGGGAUGCUAUGGAACAGUGA